AUGGAAAUGAUGCUUUCUCGUUUACCUUAUCAUGAUUCUCUCAAAUUGUUGGAGGCUGAUAUUCACCAUGCCAAUGCUUUGGCUGCUGCAAUUCCAAGAGCAAAGGGUGGAAGUGUUUUCCAAAUGAAAUUGGUUUACAGUCAUUUGGCUCCUCUUUUUCUGUUGUUGUUACAGUGGAUGGAUUGUUCUUGUUCAUGUUUUCUUCAUAGGUAUCUCAACCUCUUCCAUAUAAUUAUAUACAAGGUACAUAAUGAUGGAAGACCAAGUAUAACUUCGCGUGGAAGAAAAGCAACCAUUCAGGAAUUUUAUGCUGUUAUAUUGCCGUCUCUUCAGCGGCUUCAUGGUAGUUUGGAGAAGUUGGAAAUUUGUAUGAAAGGUCACUCUACCUUAGAAAGUUCGAGUUAUGGCAAGAAGAUGAUUGAAGCAAAUGCCAAACUGAAUAAUGUUGAUCUGGAAAGGGAAGAUGAAUGUGGGAUUUGCUUAGAACCAUGCACCAAAAUGGUUUUGCCUAAUUGCUGUCAUGCUAUGUGUAUCAAAUGCUACCGCAAAUGGAACACAAAGUCAGAGUCUUGUCCGUUUUGUCGCGGAAGCAUAAGAAGAGUUAAUUCUGAGGAUCUAUGGGUACUCACAUGUAAUGACGAUGUAGUUGAUGCUGAAACAGUUUCAAAAGAGGAUUUGUUGCGAUUCUACCUUUAUAUCAACAGCUUGCCUAAAGAUUACCCAGACGCGCUUUUCUUAAUGUAUUAUGAAUACCUGAUUUGA